AUGAAGUUCUUUACUAGCGUCACGGUCUUGGCUGCCGCGGUGGCCGCCGUUCCUAUGGACAUGGCACCGCGACAAGCCCCUAGCAUCACCGAUGCGCUUCCACCACCCCCGAGCGGCAGCGGAGCGCCUCCGCCUCCUCCAUCUGGUACGCCUACGGGCCCGCCACCUUCCGGCCCGCCGCCUUCCGGCUUGCCGCAGCCAACUGGAGCACCCGAGGUUGCUGCCCGUGAGGCUGAUGCGAAGACCCUUCCACCACCGCCCCCGGCUAGCGACACCGGAGUGCCUCCUCCACCUACCUCAGAUCUCCCCAAGCCGACUGGGCCACCCGAAGUUGCUCCACGCGACGCCGAUGCCAAAACUGGACCGCCACCGCCGCCUGCCAGUGAGACCGCAGUGCCUCCCCCGCCUGCCUCUGAUCUCCCUAAGCCGACUGGGGCACCCGAAGUCGCUCCACGCGAGGCUGAUGCCAAAACUGCACCGCCGCCGCCUCCGGCCACUGAGACCGCGUUGCCUCCUCCGCCCACUUCGGAUCUGCCUAAGCCUACAGGCAUCCCGGCUGUUGACGCUCGCCAGGCAGAGACCAGCCGACUGCCCCCGCCACCUAGCGGAACCGGCAUUCCCCCGCCACCCACUGGAACUCCGACCGGCCCCCCUCCUGCUGGCGCGCCUACCGGACCUCCUCCUUCAGACUUGCCCAUCCCUACUACUCUUGUGAAGCGCCAGGCAGGCACUUCGCUGCCCCCGCCUCCUCCCAGUGGUGUGCCUUCUGGUAUUCCCCCUCCUCCUAGCGGUCUGCCUUCUGGUGUUCCCCCUCCUCCUCCCAGCGGAGUGUUCUCUGGCCCGCCUCCUUCUGGCACUCCUCCUCCCCCUCCUGCCACUACGGCUUAA